GGCGGGGCUAAUAGGCCAUUGCUAAGCGACAAAGAUGAGCCCUGGGGUUUGUCCAGUGUCUGAGCCGAGCCAGCGGAAGUGCUGAAGUAGCUGCGGGAUGAACUGCAGCCUGCCAGUUUUCUCCAUCCAAGACAGAACUUUGGGAGAUGCUUCCCUGGGUCAAAGCUACAACUGGCCAUCCCGAAGCCAGAGUUGGUGCCCCAAGACCCUGAGCCCAUCCAGAUCCCAGAGAUCCAGGCUCCCACAAGCUUUCAAAGCUCUAGCUACAGGUCCCAACUCCCCUGAGCUCUUUGAGGAGUCCUGGCCAUCCAGUUCAGGGAUCCCUUCCCCACUCAGCACCACUGAGGAACACAUGGGGGCCUCCCCACCACUCACUCUGAUUGACAGCGGGGACUCCGUGGUGGCCAAGUAUAUAAACAGGUUCCGCCAAGCUCAGCCCACAAGCCGAGAAGAACGCCAGACUGCAGGCCCAAGCCCAGCUGACUUUUGGUGGCUGCGGUCUGAGUCUCCAGACCCCAGCAGUCAACUUGCAGCAGCAGAAACCAAGGAACCAGAAAGAAGACUCCACAUAGAAGUCCCAACUCCUGUGGCCAGUAAAUCCCAAGCUGUAGCUCCCCUUCAGGAAAUAAAUCAGAACCUCAACACAUGGAACUCAUCCCUAGUGGACCUGGAAACGCUGAGCCUACAAAGCAGAGCUUCCAGGCUGCUCAAACGCAGGUGCCUCCGCCUCCGCCUCCUCUGUCACCCUUCCCACUGCUAUAGCUCCAGGUGGCUCUCUGCCUCUAAGACCUCCAUCGCCUCACAUCUGGCUUCUCCCUGCAGCAAGGCCUCCAUGUCUUCCUCCUCCCUCAGCCCCAGCGAUGCCAGCACUUCCUCAUUCCCCAUCAGCUCGGAUGGCCUCUCUCCCUCCUCCAUGAAUUUCACUCCUGACCCCAGCAAGGGCUCUGGUCCCAGGGCACCUGCAGCCCCGGCCCCGGCUCCCACCCCUGCUCCAGCCCCUGCCUCCUCUCGGGCACCCCUUCAGCCAGAGGAUGACAUCCUGUAUCAAUGGCGGCAGCGGCGGAAGCUUGAACAGGCUCAAGGAGGCAAGGGUGAUGGGACCUGGGUGUUGUCCCAGACCCCUACCUUCACCACUCCUAUUUCUUCUACCCCUGUGGAGACCCUUGGUUCUUUGGGAACUCAGCCUAACCGUAUACCACUGUGGGGCAGUACAGCUCAGCCUGGUCCCCCAGAGGCCUUCCGUGUGGAAAGACCUCCUUUUCCCCCAGUGUCCUCUCCACACUUCUUCUGGGACCCCAACCCCCACGGAUUCUUCUGGGCCCCACAGCCUGGUCCCUGGAUAUCUCUUGUGGCUGUUCCUCCCACACAGCCUGCCUCUACCCUGGCACCCCUGGCCAGCACCCCAGUAACCCUGGCCUCCACAGCUCCCUUGGCCUCCACCCUAGUUCCAAUGGCCCCAACAGUUCCCCCAGCCUCCACUCCAGCUCCAAUGGCCUCCACCCCAGCUCCCUUCCCAGUACUACCAGCCUCUACCCCGGCUCCCCUGGCCUCUACCCUCACACCCCCUGACUCCCUCCAGGGCCCACCCACCCCUGAGCCAUGCAGUUCUGCCCAGCCCAAGAGACUGGGUUCCAAACUUCGGAAGGACAGAGCCCAGAGCAAGGCUGCUGAGCGAAUGACCACAGCUAGCGAAGAGCCUGGCCCACAGCUCAGGGGUGCUCUGGGCCAGGUAGUGACAGCUCGGCUGUUCCCUGACAGCCUGGAAGACACGCUCCCUCAUCUGGAGGGCCCACCUCUACCUAAGGCUAAACCUCAGAAAGUCAAGGCCAUACACCCCCACACCAAGGUUACUCCUCCUCGCUCAGAGGUCAUGCCACCCCUAUCUGAAUCGCGGUGUCAAUUUAAAGCCAAGGCUGUGUCACCCCUAACUGUGUCAGGGCUUUGGAAGAGCAAAACCACUCCUGAAGCUGGGUAUCAACAGCCGAAGGUCCCACCCAUUCCAACUGAGGAGCCACCCACAGCGGCUGUGGCCACGCCCCCACUGGCUGCUGGCCACACCCCCUCAAAAGACCUGCUCUCCCUGGCAGGCCGGCUUCUGGAGGCUGCUGAAGACUCUGAUGGCAGCGAGUUCCAGGAUGACCCUGUGCUGCAGAUGCUAAGAGCCCAAAGAGCAGAGUUGCGUGAGGAGAAAAGGUGACCCUCCAUCACCCAGGUCUGGGAUACUGGGUCCCUGAAUUCUCUGACUCCUGUUAGGUGCCCACCCCUGCUGAGCCUCUUUCCCAGAAUUCCAUCUAUAGCUCUAGACCCUAAUUCUGAGCACAUACCACAGCCUCUGCUCUCCUGGCCUUCCUCUAGGAAAGUGGAUGCCCAAUUAUCCUUCCUGUUGAACCCUGUGGAAGAACCCAAAUCUUGGUCCCCUUCAGCCAGGUCACCACCUGGGUCUCCAAGGAGGCUGCUGUGAAGGGAAGGAGCCUCCUUUGAGGCCAGACGACUUUGAAUUGUAUAAACUCUAUUUUGUCCCACGAAACUUUUUUUUUUUCAGGUUACAGGUCAUCUCUGAGAAAAGGGUUGUUCUGGAAAGGGCAAGGGUCAUGCCAACUUAAGGAAUUCCUUCCUUUCCUCUUGUGGCUCUUUCCUGACCACUGAAGCAAAAUUUAUUUUCUUGUUUCAUUUUCCUUGGCGGGGGGUGGGGGGGUGGCGGAGAGCUUCCAGGCAAGACUUUAGGCAAGCCUAGGACUCAUCUUCUCAGAUUCCCAACUCAGGGGUCCUGUCUCAGAUGUGACCAGAGGGAGUGUCCUCUGGGAAUGAAGCUACUAGAAUCAUCAGAACGUUGGACAAUGGUCAGUCCUCAGACCACAUCCUACUUGUGCCAACAGUAACAUUUGGUGCAGCUAAUCAUUCCCUCUUUGAAGCACUUUCUUCUACUUCCAGAACACCUCUUAUUAUGUUUCUGGUCUUGCCUCCUCAUUGCCCAGCAUAUCAACUUUGGCCUGUCCCAGGGCUCUGGCUUUCACUUCUCUGUCUACACACACUCCCAGGUACUCUUGUCUAAAUGUGUCUGAAUCUCAUCUCUAUUCUGAUAGGGCCCAAAUUCCAAUCCCUAGCCUAGACCUGGCCACUAAACUUCAUGUUCCUACAUCAUCCUUUGUCAUGUUUGUCUCACCCAAAAGUCUAAGAGAUGUCUCAAAUUUUAUAGGUCCUAAACUGAGCUUCCGAUCCCCUUGAACUUGCUCCUCCCCCACUUUUUUCAACUCUGUUCUUUCCUGCUCAGGCCAAAAGCCUUAUGAUUGUUUUUGACUUCUGUCUUUCCUUUCCACCCACAGUUAGUUGACCAUUAAAUCCUGCCAUCUCCACCUUUAUAAUCUAUCCAGAAUUCAACUCCUCCCACUUUCACUACCCUCACCUCAGUCUAGGCUAUCACCAUCUCCUAUCUGGACUAUCGAAAUUUUACUGUUUCUGUAAAAAUGUCUGCAUAUUCUUUGAUACAUUUACCAUCAGCAGGAAGGAAGUCCUUCCUCUUGGAACUGGGCCCCUCAACAAGUAGAAUGCAGAGGAACUUAACUUCCAAAGUUCAAUUAGAACAGAUGAUACAGUCUAACCGGUUUCCCUUCUCUCUCUGACACAUGCCUCAGAGCCAUGUAAAAGAAGCAGUUGCUAUGACAGCUGGGUGGCUUUGGUUAUAAAGAUAUAUUCACUUACCAAAUUCAGUGAAAUUUGUGAAUUUUAUUGUAUGUAAGGUUUGCCUCAAAAGAGAAGUAAAUAUUGGGCUCUAAUUAAAUAUAUAUACACUGUCUCGGCACCUAUAGCUCAGCAGCUGGGGCACCAGCCACAUACAACCUUCGAGCUGGAGGUUCGAACCCAGCCUGGGCCUGCCAAACAACAUUGACAAUUACAACAAAAAAAUAGCCAGGUGCUGUGGUGGGCAGUGUAGUCCCAGCUACUUGGGAGGCUGAGGCAAGAGAAUUGCUUAAGCCCAAGAGUUUGAGGUUGCUGUGAGUUGUGGUACCCUGGCACUCUACCCAGGGUGAUAAAGUGAGACUUUGUCUCAAAAAAAAAAAAAAAAGAUAUAUACACUGAAAUAUUUAGUGGACAAUAUACUGAUUGCUGCAAUUUAUGUUGAAAUGGUUCUGAAGAUUAGUUGGAUUAAUGGAUAAGUAGAGUAACAGAAGUGACAUAAAGCUAAUGUAGUAAAAUGUUAUUGGUAGGAUCUAAGUGGUGGAUAUAUGGGUGUUUAAUUUUUUUCAACUUUUCUGUAUGUUAGGAACUUUUCUUAAUAAAAUUAU